CCCAUCUCUCAUCAUGGCAACCCCAACCCAAUCCUCUACUGAACCCUCUCCUCCCUUCAUGAAUGGUCAUCAUGAUGAAGAUGAGAAGUGCUCCUGCAAGGAAUCUCUCAAAACAAUCAUUCCAGACAAACUUAUUGUCUCUGAGUUGCCCAGAGAAAGAGGAUGGCUAACUGAGCACAUUCAUUUGUACAAUGGGUUUUGGUACCCACCACGCAUCAUCCAUGGCCUCCUAGCCCUCCACCAACACUUCAAACCACACCCCAAUGAUGUCCUCUUAGCCAGCUUCCCCAAAUCUGGAACCACUUGGCUCAAGGCUCUUCUCUUCACCAUUGUGAACCGGGCAAAGUACAAUGGAACUAUGCACCCUUUGCUCACCUCAAACCCUCAUGAUUUGGUCCCCUGGUUAGAGGCUUAUGCCUCUUCCAACCCCACAAACCCCCGCCCAAACUCUUCCUUGUUCCACACCCACCUAGCCUACCCAACGUUGCCACAACAAAUCUACACCUCUUCAUCGUCAUCGUGUCGGAUCGUUUACGUGUUUCGUGACCCCAAGGAUGUUUUGGUUUCCUGCUGGCACUUCCUCGCCGAGCUGAGGCCCAAACACUUCCCUCCCAUCUCUCUCCAAGAGGCUUUCGAUCAAUUCUCGCGCGGCGCCUCGCCUUUCGGGCCGUUCUGGGAUCACGUCGCCGGCUACUUUAAAGCCAGUGUCCAAUCUCCCGACAAAGUGUUGUUCGUGAGUUACGAGGAUUUGAAGAGAGACACUGUCGUCCAUGUCAAGAGGGUGGCGGAGUUUCUGGGCCGCCCUUUCACGGCGGAGGAAGAGAAGCAAGGGGUGGUGCGGGAAAUCACAGAUUUGUGUAGCUUCGAGAAGUUGAGCAGUUUGGAAGUGAACAAAAACGGUUCACACCAUGAAGAAACCGGUUCGGUGAAGGAGAUUAGAAACAACGUUUAUUUCAGAAAAGGCGAGAUUGGGGAUUCGAAGAACCACCUUUCGGGAAAAAUGAUGGAGAUUCUCGAUCAAAUCACUGAGGAGAAAUUCAAAGAUCUUGGCCUGUUGGUUUGAAAAGAAGUCAAAACUCCAUGAUUAUUAGUAUUUUAAUUUUUAA